UUGCGAGCCGCGGGUCUGCUCCUAUGGCUGUCCAGGUUGCUAGGCGGUGGGCUCCAGCCUUCUCCCGCCUCGCCCAACCCAGCCGGCUAUUAUUUAGGUGGAUUAGAGCCCCAGCUCCCUAUGGCCGAGCACGAAUAAUCCUCUUAGAACCGAGAAAACCCAGGCCUCCUCUAACCCGGGUCCUCUAGCCUUUGGUUUGUGACAAAUAUGUAACAGUUUUGUUAGCAGAGACUUGGGUACCCCGGUUUGUUCUCAACUCUGAAGGCACAAAUUCAGAGAGUGGAAGAAUACCAUGACACCAGCGGUGAAAUGGAGCCGAGGGAAUGCUUAGAGCAAAUGCAGUUGGUUAAAAAUACCACCAGAUCCUGUAGUUAAUGAUUUAUUCUCCCCAUACAAGUGUGUGUUUUCAGCUAAGUCUCAAAUAUCAGAGCUCUAGUGCUGUCAGCUCCGCAAGAUCAUGUAGUAAGUGGGACACUGACAAAGAUACCUACCUGUCGUGUCCAAUUCGUAAACUCCAGUCAGAACUGGGACUGAUAAAAUCCAGUCAUCACGAGGUCCAAUAAACUCUUAACGAAGGGGAAAAAAAGCUGUGUUGAGGCAUCUGGACUACUGCGUCAGCAGCAAUUUUUGAAUUCUAGUUUUCGAAACGUUUUACCAAACGUGACACAACCCACUUCCAGUUCGAAAUAUGCAUCACCUAUUUCCUGGUGUUCUCUGACCAUAAACGAAAUUACUUUCAAAGCUGUGUUCUUCCUAUAAGAAAUAAAAUUGUCAGUUUGGGGCUCUAAUAGUUUUUCAUUGCAUCUCAGUAGUUUCUAAUGGUCUUUUGUUUUAAAAAAUCCUGACAACUCUCUAAAGCUAACCUGAGUGGUAAUUCCAUAAGCUUUGACUGUGAAAUAGGGCUGCCAAUACCAGAUUUAAAAAAAAUCAAAGCCCCGCUUAAAGAAAACAAUCUAUACAAUUAUGGAUAUAAUAUAAAGGACCUAUGAAUAAGUCAUACCUCAUCUGCAGCAGGAUUUACAUUCUUUUAUUUUGGAGGUCCACAGCAAAAGAAAACUAGCAACAGAGGACAAAAUAUAAGUGUUAUUAGUGGUUUAGAUAUUAAGUGCUAUUAGUUUAGAUCGUUAUGGACUUAUUAGGAAAAGAUACAAGGUACUGAUUCUUGAAAGAUGGGCAGGAUUCUGAGAAGUAGAGAAGAAUGCAAAGAUGUUAAAGGCGCAAUCAAAAGCAAAGAAGGCUCUGAAAGCAGUGAUUCCUGAGCGUAGAUAUCACAUAAAGAACGAAUUUUAAAUCAUAUACAUAAAUGAAUUGAAGGCUAUACAGACAAUAGACGUCAACACUAGAAUUCCAACCCCAGACUCCCUAAGUAGGGAUUAAUUCUCCCUAAGUAGGGAUUAAUUAAUCCCUAAGUAGGGAUUAAUUCUCCCAUUUUAAAGAUUUCCCAACUCCAGACUCUGGCAAUGUGUGUGUUUACCACUUUGAAGUAAAGAAACUGUGAGGUAAAGAGAAAAAGAUUUAGAAUAACAAAUUGGUACGCUAAUGGGCGUACUUCAUGAGAAUUUACGGAUUUUUAAUCUUCUCUAUGCUCAGUAAAGUGCAAAACGAAAUACUCGCUACUAGGUUGUUUGUCUUACAUUAUUUUUUAGUUGCUCUCAAAUUUGAUGUACGUUGCAUAACUAUUGUACAAAUGCCUUUUUUUUUUUGCGAUACUAUAAUAAUUUUGCAGAUAAGGAGCAGGACCUACAAGGAUUCUCACGCUCUCGCCUCUGUUCAAAGCCACCUCCACAAAGAAGGGCGCUCCUACUUCCGUUCAGAAGCAGGUGGUGCGCACACGGCGACCGAAGAGAAUUGACUCUCGGCGGCCACCGUCCUCCCCGGGACGUCCUGUCCAAUCAGAGCCCGCGGGAAGGGGCGGGGCUGAGAGGCGCGCGCGGCGCUUCCCGCUGUGGCUGCUGAGGCUGCCGUGGCUGCUCUCGGCAUGGAGGAGAUUUAUGCCAAGUUCGUGUCUCAGAAAAUCAGCAAAACCCGCUGGCGCCCGGUACCCCCGGGGAGCCUGCAGACCGCGGAGACCUUCGCCACGGGUUCUUGGGACAAUGAGGAAAAUUAUGUUUCGUUGUGGUCGAUUGGAGAUUUUGGGAACUUGGACUCAGAUGGUGGGUUUGAAGGAGAUCAUCAGUUACUAUGUGAUAUCAAACACCAUGGUGAUGUCAUGGAUUUACAAUUUUUUGAUCAGGAAAGAAUUGUAGCUGCUUCAUCAACAGGAUGCGUAACAGUUUUCCUUCACCAUCCAAAUAACCAGACUCUGUCUGUCAGCCAGCAGUGGACAAGAGCUCACUACCACUCAGGACCAGGCAGUCUUUCCUGUAGCGGCGCACCUUGCACAGGUGUUGUGUGCAAUAACCCAGAAAUUGUCACGGUUGGAGAAGAUGGCCGUAUAAAUCUCUUUCGAGCUGAUCACAAGGAAGCUGUGAGAACUAUAGAUAAUGCAGAUAGCAGUACGCUCCAUGCUGUAACCUUUCUUCGAACUCCUGAGAUUCUUACAGUAAAUUCCAUUGGACAGCUAAAAAUAUGGGAUUUUAGACAACAAGGAAAUGAGCCCUCUCAGAUAUUAUCACUGACCGGUGACCGAGCACCACUCCACUGUGUUGACAGACACCCCAACCAGCAGCAUGUCGUGGCUACUGGUGGCCAGGACGGAAUGUUGAGUAUUUGGGAUGUUAGACAAGGUACUAUGCCUGUGUCUCUGCUGAAGGCUCAUGAAGCUGAAAUGUGGGAAGUUCAUUUUCACCCAUCCAACCCAGAUCAUCUAUUUACUUGUUCUGAAGAUGGCUCCCUUUGGCAUUGGGAUGCCUCAACAGACGUACCUGAAAAGUCAUCACUUUUUCACCAAGGAGGAAGAAGUAGUACUUUUUUGUCUCAUAGCAUUAGUAACCAGGCUAAUGCUCACCAGUCUAUUAUAAGCUCCUGGCUCAGCACCGAUCCUGCAAAAGACCGUAUUGAAAUCACAAGCUUGCUUCCCAGUAGGACUUUGUCUGUCAACAGUUUGGAUGUCUUAGGUCCUUGUCUUGUUUGUGGGACUGAUGCCGAAGCAAUUUAUGUUACUAGACAACUUUUUUCAUAGAAAUACUGUAAUUUUAUAAUUUCAGAUAAAAAUAUAACCUUCAAAGUCCAACUUCUAUGCAAAUUUUUAUUAUUGAAAGAUGUGAAAUUUGCAGGGGAGCAUCUGUAAAGCAUUGAUAAUGUCAGUGCCUAGAUUUGGCUUUUUUUAGUUGGACAUUGCCGUAACAGUUUAGAAUCUGGUAGAUUGCAAAAGAAUUCAAGGUGUGGAAACAUAUCAGAGGGAUCCUGGUGCUGAUGAAUGUACUACCAAACUGUUCUGGUCAGCUCAUGGAGCCAAGUCCUCAUUUCUGGUUUUUUGGGACUUAAUACUGUCAAACCAUCAGUGGGUUUCUAUUAUUUCUAUCACAGUAUUUGGGGUGUAUGCCCUCUCUAGUGGCAUUAGCCAGUGUUAGUUUCUUCUUUUAAUUGCAAGUUUUUUCAUCAACCUUUUCACAACCUUUUAUUUUCUUAGUAAUCUUAAUAAACCUUUUCAAAAUUGAACAAAAUGACAUUUUUGCAAUAUAGAGCAAAAAUGACAAAUCUUUUUGUAAUGUUCAAAUUCUUUUCAGGGGAAAAUCUUUUGACAGAUCCCUUUAUUAGAAUAUGUUUGAACAGAACUAUGCCAACUACUCAGACCCAACUUUCUUUUUCUUGAUAAGAAAAAUACAUUUUUCCUAUGGACUUUUGCCUUUAUUUAGUUUUGCAACAUAGUGAAAAUUGCCAAACUGGACAUUGUGCAAUAAGAUAGAAUUUUACAUUAAUGAGUGAACUGACUUUGAAACUAACAUUGAUAGGUAACAUGUAUGAGACUAAUAAGAUGAUGUGGUAACAGUGAAGAUUGCCAUCUGUAUGCCUACCUGAAAUGUUAAUGAUGACUUGACAUGUAGUGUGUUAAGACAAUUUAUGACAUUGUCUUUCCAAAGUUUGUUAGAUAAAAUGUGUUACUGAGCUAACGAAGACCUUUAUGACAAAUCACUGCUAUUACAAAAUUGAAAUAUGUGUUUAUUUCAUAAUUCCAAUAACAGUAAUUAUGGUAAAUUUUUGCUUUUCUAUCCUAAUAAAUAUUUUCAAUAUUUUAUGCCCUUCCCUCAGGGUUUUUGGGUUUUGGCUUUUGUCAACAUUUUUAAAAGUAAUACAAAUAUAGACCUGCUUUUACGUGUGUGUGUAUUUGGUUCAAAAAUAUUUCAUUAAAGAUCAUUAGUAACUUUGAAUUCCAAAGAAUCAGAACAGAAAGAAAUGUUGCUGAUAGGAAUUUUUAAUCUGUUUAUAGUUUUAUUGCUGGGGCUAAAUUUUAAGACUUUCUGUUAUUACAAAUGUAACUCAUUAUAGAAACAAACAUAGUUAAAAGAAAAGUUUAAAUACUUAUAACCUCAGAGACAACAAAUAGUCUUCCAUACCCUUUUUCAGUUCAUCAAUGUGUAUAAACUUUUGGAAAAAUGAAAUACGCAUGGUGUAUUUGUAGCUGCAUAUUUCCUAUCAGUAAAUACAUGGAUUUAAUCAAAACACCAUAGCUAUGAAUUUUCUCUUGACUUUGUGUAGUUCCGGUCAUAUGACUGCCUUGCCUAAGCUGCAGAGUCCCUCUCUCUACCAGGAACAGGUACUCCACAUUCUACUUAGCAGGCUAAAAUCCUCCCUCUGGGUAGGCCCAGAGUCAGCCUCACUCCUGAAGAUUAGCUCCCAGGUGGUACAUUUUCCAUGAACAGUUAAUGGCAAGCUAUAUCUCAGCUUUCAUCUGCAUUGUCUGCUGCUGAGAAUUUAAGGGUUUCAUAUGUGUUGGUAGCACCCCUCUAUAUACUGACAGUAAUAUAUGCAGUUUCCUUUGAUCAUUGAUAAUUGAUGGAGGGAGCCAGAUAUAGAGGCUUAGAACACUAGAUUGGACUGGAAACAAGUUUUUAGUUUGAAGCUUUGCUUUUAGGGUUAUUUGCAACCAUGAUCAAAGAAAGGAUAUUUGAAUAAUGUUAUUUCCUGUCAAUCUAUGAGUUCUGCCAGAUUUAAUAAGAAACUUUAUGGAGUAUAAAUAAUACCCUAGUUUAUGAAUUUGUCACUGCCUUUAUUCAUGAAACUAUCAAAUGGGGUUUCUUUUGAGGGCUACAGGUCUUAGAGGUAGAAGUUAUCCUGGAUCAUUUCCACGGCAUUUCCAACAAAUUAUUUUCUAACCCCUACUUGAAAAUGUGAUAAAGUUUAACAGUUCCCAGGGUAGUCACUCACUUGGACAGCUUUAAUGGAUCCAGCAUUUUAUCAGGGUUUUAAUGUAAGUGGGACCCAAAAGAAUUGUGUAAGAAAGGUAGGAUCAUGUUGCUAUGGGCUAAUAAAAUGAUCUUGUGAACCUCCUAUGAGACAGAAUCAAUUUAUUGAGUUUGCAUUACAUUGGAGUGCUUUACUAUAAGAUCUCACUAAAUAAAUGAAUUUUCAUAUACUGAACUGAAAUUUGCU